AACAACCCUAACCCUUUACAGCAACAUAACUAUCAUCAUUGAACAAUUGUAACAACAUUAACAAAGAUUAAUAAACACUGUGAAAAUGUAUUGUUCAUGAUAUCUAAUGCAUUAAUGUUAACUAUUGCAGCUUUAUUGUAGCGUUUCUGAACUUUCAUAAAGUAGACUUUAUAAUAAAAUGAACAAGAAUGGAGAUUGAGAAAUAGAAAAGUUGAACAGAGAAUGUUUGUGUUUCUCAGAUCUGAAGAAAGUGCUUGACAAGAAGACUCAGAUCUCAUGGAAGUGUUGAAGUGACACCAGCUGUAAAACAUCAAACCAGCAGUACCGCCCAAACCCAAACUGGAGAGGAUACCUCUCCUCAAACAACCACUGAUUCUCAUGUGACACAUGUUAAUAUUUAUACUCAAUAUCAGCUGUAGAUAUCACGCACUUAUUGACUGUUCUUACACUAGUAGUACACAUGCCUGAUUCAUGUCUCAACGAAGAAGUAUUCCUGGAUAUUAAUGAUCACAAUAUGGGUCGUGAUCCAGUUCAUUUCAGAAUGCAUAUCAUAUAUACGUCCUUUCUAUUCUCUCACGGUCUCUCCAGACAGAAAACCUACAACUAUAAGUCACAAAGAUGAUGAAGAGGAUUCUGAAAUAUCUGUUCUUCUAAUUACCAGCCAACAGUCAGUUGAUAAGGAAACUCUUCAAAUGUAUGUAGAGCAAUUUGCAGAGCACUUCGAGAUGAGAAAACAUGAAAAUAACAGCUGGACCCUGAAGCUUUACAACCAGUCAGAUUUACAGAAGAUUCUUGCCCAGAAAGAGCAUGAGUUUGGUAUAUCUUUAAAAGUGUAUAAAGAAGGACAUCUGGGACAGGUGGACCCUCAUCGCUUCAUCUUGACUGGCUUUGAUGGAAACACAGAUUGCAAGAUCAUUUCUGUGUUCAUCGGCAGCUGUAGCAAGACAACAGAACAUACAUGGGAGAUACUGGACGAAGACAGGAUUGUUGUCACCUUCAAACGAGAUAUUGCAUCCAGGACCACAACUUUCCAUCUUAUAAAGAGUUAUGAGUAUCUCAUCACAUUCCUCAUCAAUCCAAACAGACUCUGGUUCUGAGUCAGUGUGUCAGUUGUACCUCUGUGCUUCUGCUGUGGCGUUGUAUGCGUGAGC